UGUUAAUUGAGAUCAAAGAUUUUAAUCUCUGUGAUUAAGCUUCCAAGUGUUACACAUAACAACAAAAAAACAUGGCAGACAACAGUCAGCAGAUGAGCUUCAAAGCUGGUCAGGCCAAGGGCCAAACUCAGGAGAAGGCGAGCAACAUGAUGGACAAGAUGGGCAACGCUGCUCAAUCUGCCAAGGAGUCCAUGCAGGAGACGGGCCAACAGAUAAAAGCGAAGGCACAAGGAGCUGCUGAUGCAGUGAAGAAUGCAACUGGACUUGACAAGUGAAGAAGAUCGUUCCAUUAAUUAUUUAUUUUGGCUAGAAUAAAUAUAUUUGAUUUUGGAGUUUUAAUCUUUCCCUUUAUU